GAUGCGAAUCUGGGGAGAGAGAGAUCCUCUUAAGCUCUUUUCUAUAUUUUUAAAGUUGCAUUGUAUUGAUCACUGCAUUUUGACAACGUGAUAUUUUUUGUUGUCAAGAUCCGUCCAAAGAUUUGCAAUCAGUCCACCGGUUCAUUUAUUUGAGUAUUAAUAUUUGCGAUAAUGGUGAGAAUCAGAGCAGUAAAUCUUACGCAUCAUAUUUUCAGUGUAUUGAAAUCAUGCUUAUUUCGGAACAAGAGAUAAAAAUUUUAUCUCUUACUACAUUGUUCUAUAUUUGGGCAGUAAAGGUGUUUUACAAAAUAUUAUUUGUGACUGACCAAUAUGUGCAUUUUAUUUCGCGGUGAUCCGACGUGUGGUUUUACAAUCUGUGCUAAAUUUACAAGCAUGUAGAUCAACUGUAUUUUACGAUAUUGUGAGUGUGUUACGUUACAUGAUGGAACCGGCUGUGGAAAGAGAAUUUAGUGCCUUAGGAGGCUUAUUUCAACAUAUUAUAUCCGAUCUUAAGAAUAGUGCACCAAUAUGGGAAGAUUUUCUCUUCAAAGCCAGCAAGUUUCAUGGCCAGUUAAGGUCAACUAUAUUGGCUUCUACAUCUUUUUUGGAUUCCUUUCAAAAAAUAGCCGAUAUGGCUACUAGCACUAGAGGUGCUACGAAAGAAAUUGGAUCAGCCUUAACCCGGUUGUGUUUGAGGCAGAGAAGUGUUGAAGCAAAAUUGCAAAUCUUCGCAAAUGCUUUACAGGAAGGUUUAGUCGGCCCUCUACAAGAAAAAGUCGAAGAAUGGAAGAAAACAGUUAAUAAUCUCGAUAAAGAACAUUCGAAGGAAUAUAAGCGAGCCAAGCAGGAUCUGAAAAAGAAGUCAUCAGAUACUUUGAAACUCCAGAAGAAAGUCAGGAAAGUUGGUGUCAUCGAUAUCAGGAGGACUCUGGAUUAUGCACUUCAGGAUGUAACAGACAAAUAUCUUCUGCUCGAAGAAAUCGAGAAGCAAUCUGUUCGUAAAGCCUUAAUUGAAGAGAGGAGUCAUUAUUGCUUAUUUGUUGGAUAUUUGCAACCAGUUUUAGAAUCUGAAAUAGCUAUGCUGCAUGAAAUCAAUCAUAUUCAGGAAAUAAUUGACACCCUUUCAAAAAUAACUGGUGAUCCUCAUCUUUUACCUUCUGCUAGUGAACAAGUUAUCACUGAUGUUAAGAAAUCUGAAAAUACUUGGUCCUUUCAUGAGACACCUCCUGGAUCUCCAAGAUCAUUAGGUUCUCGAAAAUCAAGUGUUUGCAGCAUCAGUAGUAUCAAUAGUUCUUCUAGUGGAAGCUUGAAAUCUCACUCCUCUCGUCAUCUUUCCCAUUCACAAGUACAGACUUUGGGCAGGAAACAUUUAAAUAGCGUUGCUUCACAAGAUUCUGGUUUUACUUCUCAAGACACUUUAUUUUAUAAUAAUAUGAAUGCUUCAGCUGAAUAUUCUCAGCUGUGUACCUUUCAAGAAUCCAUUCCAGCGACUUUCAGUACUCCUUCAUCACCAGUACCUGAUGUCACAUCCACUUGGCCCAACCUCCAGGAAUCAAAUUCACCAGAGAAGGAUUCCUCCAGUUUGCUGAAUAAGUAUCAACGACCACACACUAUAUCAUCAGCUUAUGAGAAAUCCAAUCAUAAUCGUCCUGCAUUAACAGUGCAUACAUUUCUACCUCUUGACCAAACUCCAGAUUUAAGGAGUAACUAUGGAACGGUUGGAACUUUCAAAUCUUUUGGAAGCAAGUUUAAGGAUAGAAACUGCAGCAGUCAACCUGGAACUCCAGUAUACAGCAGACCUUCUCUACCGGAGAGGAGUGAUAACUGUUAUAGGCCUAAACCAAUUCUUCCUGAAAAAUCUGCUUCUGUGAAAGCAAAACAUGAUAAAUUAUACAGUGAACCUAAUAAAAGCGUUCCUGAUUUCAACAGAACACCACCUGAUCAAGUUGUUCCUCAUCCCAUUUAUGCCAAUGCUUCUGAUUUAGCUUCAAAAAAGUCACUGAGUGAUGAAAUUUAUUCAGGUGUAUCAGAAAGUACAGAGGUACAAAAUCGUAAGGAAUUUGCUGCUGUUUUGAAUGAAGGACUUUUGAUGCAGUCCAAAUGGAUUCGAUCCGAGAAAUCUUUUUCUGAAAGUGAAUCAUCAGCUCCUUCUGUUCCAAAGCAUGGCCGUUCUGCAGGAGGCAGUAGUGAAACUCUUCCCAGAUCAAGAGGAAGCUUCACAGAAGACCAAAUUUUAGAAUGGCAGUUUCAGAAUUUAGGUUUCUCAAAUGAGUCAAAUAUGGUAAACCAACAAGGUAAUCAGCGUAGACCUAUGUCAAUUGCAGGUAUUUCGACGGGAUUUUUACUACCACGUAAAGCAAACACCUUACAGCGAGUUGGAUCCUGUGCUGGUCCUAAACCUCCAACCCCUGUGCGAAGAUCUUCCUCCAUUACAACAUCAGCAUCUCAAGGGAAAAUUUCUGAAGCUAGUGUAUUAAGUAAACCUGAAAGCUCUGCACAAUCUAUGAGUUCUGGCGCUGGUGAAACCAGAUAUUCUCCAAAUCUCAGAGAAUUCAAGAGAAGUCAUUCUACAUUAUCUUCACCCCAAGAAAAAUUCGGACAUACCCUAAGGCAUGUGGAAAUAGGCAACUUAUCUGAGAAAAGCAAUAGUAGUUCAUCUCUAAAUAAGGAGGCUUCAAAUUCCGAAAACAAUAUUGUAACCGAUGUAUCAGACAGUAGAGCUCGUCUGAUACAUGAUUUAAACUCUGUCAUGCAACAGAGAAAGAGCACAUUAAAGAAGCAAACUAGCCAAGGUGACCCUCCUGUUGUUCCUCCUCGGAAUACUUCAAAGCAGGAACAAAAUGGCUCUAAGUCAAAUGAACACUUUGCAUCAGUGGACAAUGCCCUGUAUGGCCGUUUCACAAAAAAAGAGAAAACGCCUCACACUUUCAAUGCUAAGCCGGUGCACUCACAAGAGCUUCAGAAACAGUUUCAUCAAAAGCCAAGGCUCAAAGAAUGCUUGUCUCAAGGAGAUCUCUUCCACUGCUCUAAGGACUGGGACCAGCCGUUCAAGCAUAAGAAUGGCAAUGAUGUACCUGAUAAUGAUCGACUUCUGAAACGAUCGUUUGUUGCAGCCCUAAAUGCCAGGCUGGCCGAACACCAGCGUAUCGAAUCACAGACUGAUGACAAGCCCCACAUUGCUCCAUGGUUAAAGAACGACAAAAAUUACCUGACGUGGAAUUCUGGGUUUCAUCGUUUGACACCCCAAGUUUCAUUGAUGGAUCAGAUAAAACAGGGCACAAGGCUUCGUAGGGUCACCUGCAAUGAUAGAUCUUCUCCCCGUUUUGCGUGACGGUUCUAUGUGGUUUUCAUUUGCCACAUGUAGUCGGUAGUCAUCUGGAAUGACUAAAUGCGAUGUAUUACAUUUGUGGCAGAUUUGUAUGUGUGUGUGUGUGAAGCAUGCUGUUUUGUUUUUGUAACAUUAUUUUUUCCCCUCCCACCUAUUUUGUGUUGGACAGAUUUGAAAUUUCACAGAUAACCAUUGAGAUGGUUAAUUUGUCAUCAUCAUCACUCAUUGAAUGUAAAAUAUCAUCCUGCUUUUUUUUUUUAAUUAUAAUAUCUAUGUGUAGUACAUAGUACAUAGUUAGCCUUGGUUUCAUGAGGAUUUUGAAGUAUUCUGUAUAUUUUUUAAAUCAUUUCUUUAGUUUGAUUCCUUUUCAUAAUUCGUAUUAAUGCCUUUUUUACUUUUAAACUGUAUAUUUUUAAGAAUAAACUUGAAAUCAUUGAUAUGAUUAUGAAAUCAUACACAAUUAAAUACUUUUAAAUGAACUUAUAAAAAUAUCUAAAUUUAUUCAACUGUCACAAGCUUUAAUUUCUAUCAAAAAUUUUGGAUAUGAUAAACUUUUUUAAAAAGCUGUGCUUUGGGGUGAUAUGAUUCUGUUUAAAAUCAGUAAUUAGUUGAUAAAAUAUCCCACCCCUAUAAAAAAAAUGUAGGAAAUAUAAAAUUUCUUAGUCUGAAUCAACAUUUUGAGGUGAAACAAUAAAUUCUGACAAAUAUAAUUAUCAAAUUUUUAUCCUAGUCAGGCUUAAAAAGAGAGAGACAGAAAAAAAAAAAAAGCUUUUGUCGUCUGUAUGAUUUUAGAAUGAAAAAGAUUUUUAAAAAAUUCUUACUGUCAAAACAUUUUGUUUAAGAUAAGAAUUUGUGAUAGAUUAAUUUUUUAAGCUUUUGUUAUUCUUUUUUUUUUUAUAUUGUGACUGUGUUUCUUAAAAUAUAGAAUUUUGAAGGCCAAGAUUUUUCUGAAAAGU